AUGAUCGUUACAGCCUCCAUUUUCGCCUUGCUGGUAGGCGGUGCCAUCGCAAGCCCCUGCGCUUCAGGUGCUUCAGGUGGCAAAGAUGCUGUGGUGAUUGUCCCCAUGACACAGACGGAGUGGGACAGUCGAUCAACGUCGCCAAUUUCCUUCGUUUCCAGCACAGGUAUCCCGAUCAAGGUGGGAAACGGUUGGGUCGAUUUCCCCGGAAGCAAAGCCACGGUUGUCACCGAAGGUAGCAGUGAAAGCAGUACUACUUCAGGCGCUAUCUCAUCGCCCACAAGCGACUCGUACAUCAAAUAUUCUGCUGUUGGAGGCUACUUCGUCCAGGAUGAUAACGCCACCCAGCCCGACGGCUUUGAUUACGCCCUUGUGAACUUCGGCUUGAUCAACCAAACGUACGACACCGAUUUCAAUGCCUCGUUGACCCAAUGGGAGCGGUUUGCUGUCAAACUCGCCGAUCUGCAAGACAGGGCACCGAAUAAUGUGCAGUACAAGCUCGUUUUCAUGGGCCGCCACGGCGAAGGCAACCACAAUGCUAUGGAAUCUUACGUCGGAACUCCUGCUUGGAACUGUUAUUGGGCUCUGUUGAAUGGUGCCAACAGUAGUUUCAUCUACGCCGAUGCCUCUGUGACCGAAGAAGGCAUCUCACAGGCCGAGAAGGCGAGUGCGUAUUGGGCGAGUCGGAUUGCAGAGCAGAAGAUCCCCUUCAUUCAGAGCUACUACAGCUCUCCCAUGCGCAGGUGUUUGGAAACCGCUCAGUUCACCUAUACGGGACUGGAUCUGCCGAAAGAACAUCCUUUCAUUCCCACGAUCAAGGAGGGCCUUCGUGAAGGCAUGAGCGAACAUACUUGCAAUCGUCGCUCGACUCGCAGCUGGAUUGAGGAGAACUACCCAGACUUCCUUUUCGAAGCCGGCUUCACUGAACAAGACGAGCUCUGGACGGCCUCAACGACCGAGGUGCCUAGUGCGCAGGAUUUCCGCUCCAAGACGAUGCUUGAUGACAUCUUCUCGAGCGAUGACAACACUUACCUAUCCUUUACAAGCCACUCAGGAGAGAUUGCCUCCAUUCUGCGUGUGAUAGGCCACAGAGACUUCAGGUUAGGCACUGGCCAGAUCAUCCCAGCUCUCAUCAAGGCAGAAACCAUCUCACCUGACAGUGUCACGAGCACGAUCAGCUCGGGCUUGUGGACGCCGAGUCCAUUUUGCACAGAGCCUCCGGUGACCAGCAUAUCCGCUUGGGGCAGUGGUGGUGGGUGCGUGUGUCAGUCGAGUGCAGAGCCAGUGAUCACAGAACUGCCACCAUUUCCGACGAGCGCUCCGACGCCACCGCCAUGA